GAAUAUAGAUGAUGUAAGGACUCAACAUUUGUGAUGGAUUUUCUUUGGGAGAAGCUGAAAUCAAUCAAUGCCAAUCACUUCAUAUUCAUGUUACUGUGUGCUGUCAUUGCGUACCUCUUCCGAGCCAGUGAUUCAUAUAAUCUGAAACCAGUCUGGAGGAAAAGAAGUGAACCUCAUCAUUUUACCAACAAAAUAUACCCUACACUUGAUGACCGUCUCCCCUCUCCUAUGAUAACAGACUUGGAUGGAGAUGGAACAAAUGAAAUCCUCCUGAUAACUCAUGACUUUAAGUUAAAUGUUCUGGCCCUCCCAGACCCUGUGACAGAUGAGGAGGACGAUACACUCCCUCAUGUUGUUGUCAAACAAAGAGCAGUCCUACCCAUAAACGUCACCGAAGUCAGUCGACCUGUAGCCAUGGAGACAGGCUUUACCAUACCUUACAGUUCCAUGAUGCAAAUAAGAAAACAGGUCAGAACAAAGAUUGUUGUGGUUGUGACAGAUGAUUGGCAGGUCCUAUGCUACAAUCACAAUCUGGAGUUACUGUGGCAUAAGAGGUUUAUGGAUGUCAGUCGUGUGAGGGAGACAUACACGGUUAAAGCCAUGGGGGCCUUAAUCACAGCCCAUAAUGUCAAGAAAACUGACCAGGGACUGGUGAUUGUGGGUGGUAGCUUUACACACUUAGUGCAUGCACCACCAGAUGCAACCACCCCUAAAAAUGUAAAUCAGACAGAAGAUCAGCAGAGUAACUCCACAGAAGAUAACACCCUGACCCACUUUAGCUCCUUUGCUGUCAGUGCAUUAGACGGUACAGUGCGGUGGCACCACCUACCUGGGGAUUUUGGAGAAAUAGCAACCAACGUCAAGGAUAUCCAUGGAGACCACCACUGGAAGCUGGCUUUAAAAAGACACCGACUCCAUGUUGGAGAGGCUCCCUGGACAAUGUACAAGAAGGAAUUCAACAGUUUUACUCCUCAUCUUUGGAGAAGUCUGGAGGACACAAAGCUGACCUUGGGAAGAUUCAGAAAAUCAGAAGAGAGCAGCCAGCCGGACACGCCCUCCUCCCAGAGAAUGGCCUUGACCCCUGAACACGUUAUCGGAUAUGCCUAUGGUGGACACCGACCACACAGUAAUCACGAACAUGUAGAAAAUCCCAACUCAGUGGUUAUCCACACCCACAAUGGUAUAGAGGUCCUGAAUCUACUGAGUGGACGACCUGUCACUGAACUGCAUCUUCCUGGAGAUGGGGCGGUGUACUUGGACAUUGACGGAGAUGGAGAAAUUGAACAGGUCCUCUGGGGUCAGCAGGAUGACUACAGUCCUUGUUAUAUUGAGAUCUGGCGGAUUAAUCCAGUAAAGGAACGGAUUGAGCAGCUACCAGUUUGUCGGAUUACUCGUUUGUUCUUCACUUCCUCCUGGGCUUAUGAUGAAGAUAACUUGAAGAAAUUACCACCCAUUAUUGCCAAAAGUGUUGCAAGAAAAACGGGACUCCUGAGAUACUUAAUGGGUCACCAUCUUCCCAAGUUCUCACAUAAAUAUGACAUCAUUACAUUUGGAGGGGUUGGCAGAGUGUCGUCUUGGGACAGAGAAGGAAAUGUUAAUUGGCAGGUUGCCAUUCCAGCCAACUGGGCUAAGGCCUCAGUAGAUAUAAAGAAGAACAAGGAAAGAGAUCGUCCGGCCUACCAGAGAUUUAUGGAAGAAUUCUGGCCUAGUCGAGUUCUGAUGUCUAUCCCUGUAUAUGGUCAGAAGAAUGUGGUGGCCCUGAGUGGUUACUCGGAGUUUGUCCUGGUGGACUUGGUGAGUGGUAACCUCCUGGCAGAACACUCCCUCCCCUGUCACCCCACGGCCCCUCUGAUUGUGGGGGACUUUGAUAACGACGGGGUCAAUGAUGUCAUAGUUACAUGUAGUCUGGGGUACAUAGGAUUUUCUCUUCAUCACAAGACAAACCACAUUUUUACUGCUUUGUACGGACUGACUGUGUUUAUCCUCAUUAUUCUACUGAACUGGCUGUGCUCACCACAGUCCUUUUAUGGAGAAGAUGAAGAGGUGGUUCCAAGUGAUGAUGAAGACGAUGAUGAUUGAGUUGAUGAUUUAGAUGAUGACUGAAGUGAUGAUUUAGAUGAUGACUGGUGAUGAUGUAGAGAAGUUAAGUGAUGCUGGUGUGGUUUAGAUCAAGAUCCAGGAAAAUGAAAGUGAAAAGCAGCCAAAUAUUAGAAGAGGACCUGAAAUAAAGAGAGCUAUGGAGUAGAAGUUAGUUGUGGGUUGUUCUUUUAGAAAGUGAAAUGUGAGAAGUCCAAGAAGUGUUCAUUGCCAGCCGGACUGGAAAACCCAGAGAGAAAGAGAGAUAGUCUGAUUUCAGGCCUGGGACAUCCAACAGUUGCAAACGAUUAGGAAUGGACAUUUUUCAUGCAAUAAGGAAAUGAACUUUAUUAAGAUUCUUGGAUUAGUUGUCGAAAUCAAAAUAUGUAACACCGAAUCAAAAAUCAACCUUAAGAGUAUGAUAUUUUUAUGAAAACACUUACUUGCUUGCAAGAUUGUUUUUUUUUUUUU